AUGUUGCCGACGCCCUCGACAUCGCACGUCUGCUUCGAUCGCGUCUACGAACCAGCCGAAGAUUCGUAUUUGCUGCUGGACACGCUGUCGUCAGCGAUCGAGUCUGCCUUCCUGCAAGACCGCUUCAAGCAAUCCUCGACAGCGCCGCCAUUGGUGCUCGAGGUGGGCGUUGGCUCCGGCGUAGUCCUGGCUUUUGUUGCUGCCAAUGCAGGCAGCAUCUUUGGUCGUCACGAUGUACUGACACUUGGGACUGACAUCAAUAGCUUUGCCUGCCAGGCAGCCUCACAGACCGUGGUGACAGCGAUCCAGGAGAAAAAGCGUCGUCAGGAAACAAGUGUAUUUCUAGAUGUUGUGAAUGGCGACCUGGCGUCAGCAAUCCGUCCGCACUCUAUCGACGUCUUCAUCUUCAACCCGCCAUACGUUCCUGCCGAGCUGCCCAACUUCUCACGCCACAACGCCUACAAUGCUGUACCUGAGGGCGAGACCAAAACCAGCUUCGAGCAGGACUCGUACCUGCUGGAACUUUCUUAUGCGGGCGGAGAAGAUGGCAUGGUGGUGACCAACAGAAUGCUGGAGCAGAUGCCGUCCAUACUGAAUGCCGGACGAGGAGUGGGCUACGUGCUCUUGUGCGCACAAAACAAGCCAGACAUCGUGAAGCAGCAGAUAAGAGACUGGGGACAUGGAUGGCAUGCAGAGACCGUGGGCUCGAGUGGCAAGAAGGCUGGUUGGGAAAAGCUACACAUUGUGAGGUUCUGGAAGACCGCUGGCUAG